GUCUCGCGAUAUGUGAGUGCCGCUUUCUCGCCCCUGUAUUAUAGCUGUGAAAACCCCAAUCAUUCUUCCUUUCUCAACAUGGCACCAAAGGCGAAGAAGGAAGCUGUCCCUGCCAAGACCGAGGCCAAGGUAAAGGCCCUGAAGGCCAAGAAGGCUGUUCUGAAGGGAGUCCACAGCCAGAGGAAGAAGAAGAUCAGAACCUCCCCGACCUUCCGCCGCCCCAAAACCCUGCGCCUCCGCAGACAACCCAAGUACCCCCGCAAGAGUGCCCCGCGCAGGAACAA